CUGUGGUCGAAAUUUAGUUCGAUUUUGGGAUUAUUGGCCUGAGAUAUCGUUCCGAGAAUUAUAUGUCUCCAGUUUUGCGGAACGGAGGAAGUAGUAGUACUACUAUUUCUAUCAACCAAUCACAGCUCGACGUUGAUUUCACCAAUCACAGUCGCCGAAUCCGAAUUGCUCCAAUUGAUUUCAACAUGGACGCCGUGGAGGCGGCACUGGACGCGAACCGAGCGUAUGUGGCCGGCUUGACAGCCUUGGUCAAGAAGAUGGAGGCGCAGGAGUGCACGAUCACGAGGCGAAUGAGUUGUAUUAAGGAAGCAAUGCGGGCGGAGCAUCAUGCAGCCAUCCAGGAGCACUUGGCCGCGGUCAUCGAAUGUUCGUCGAAACCACGAGCUCCGUGCCCAGGAAACACCAAGAAGAGAGACCGGGGGUACUUUCAAUCUCCGAGAGAAGCGCCUUUUUCAUGGCACAAUCCCGACUCGUUAUUCGUCCGCGUCGUGCGCGCCAAGUUCCAGGACUUUAACUUUCCCACGCAGCGCCGGUGGUUACCCAAGGAAGUAGCGGCUCUGCGCCAAGCCGUGGACAUGCCCAUUUGGCGUAAUGGCAUUCGCUGGGAUCGCAUGCCGCUUGUGGCCAAGCUCCAAGGACGUUCGGGCCACGCGUGUUUCCUGCAGUGGACUAUGGACCUCGUUCAGGCGCUGGAAAUCAUGAAUCCUUGGACUGCAGAAGAAGACUCGGCGCUGCGCGCUCUCCAUGAGUCGUCCACGUCAUGGCCAGACAUCGCACGCACGAUGAGUCAAUCCUUUUCUACGCGACCAGCCGUCGCAUACAUGCUACGCUUCCAGCGGCACCUUCAGAGCCCGCAGCAUGCCAAGAAGUGGACGGACGACGACGACGUGGCGCUCAAAGCCGCCGUCGAGGUGUAUGGCGGGGAGGCCAACGUGUGGCAGUUGGUGGCCGAAUCCCUCGAUGGGUUUACGCCUAAUCAAUGUGGCACGCGGUGGCGGCAAUCCACGUGUCCAUUGGUGAAAACGGGGAAUUUCUCCCUCCAAGACGACCGGCGGCUGCUCUUAUCCUUAGGCGUACACCAGAAACAACAGUUACUGCACGGGGACACUUCGUUUGCACAUGUUGACUGGAACCUGAUCAAGGACUUUGUGGCCCAGCGCACCAGCUCGCAAUGCCGCGAGCGGUUCAACGAUUCGCUGCACCCGGACCUAGUCACGUCGUCGUUUUCUCCACAAGAAGACGCGGUGCUGAGGCACUGGGUCGGCGUGCACGGCUCUCGGUCGUGGAGUCGGAUCAGCCAGCAUCUGAGAGGCCGCACAAACGAUCAGUGUCGACGGCGGUGGGGUACGCUGCUGUUGAGAGAACGCUCGACACCUGCCAGCCGCACGUCGAGCCCUCCUAGUCCCAACGAUGAUCAAGCAGAGGGUGUAGUUUUUGCCACCGACAGCCAAGAAUAGCCGACACGAAACCACUAUGUAGCGCAUUGUACACGGAGAUUAUAGUUAGACGUUGAUAUUUAUAGACAUGUG